AUGGCAUCCUCUUCAACUUCAUCUGUUCCUAAGAGAUUUAAGUAUGAUGUGUUUUUGAGUUUUAGUGGGGAAGACACCCGUAAGAACUUCAUUGAUCAUCUUUAUCAUGCUCUUCAACAGAACAACAUUUACACUUACAAGGACGACGAGAGAAUCAAGAAAGGGAAACGGAUCAGCGAUGAGCUCAUGGGAUCCAUUGAAGCCUCAAAAUACUUCAUCAUUGUUUUCUCCAAGAACUACGCCUCUUCGUCUUGGUGCUUAGAUGAGCUUGUGAAAAUAAUGGAUUGUCACAAGACAACCAAGCAUACUGCUUACCCUGUCUUCUAUGAUGUGGAACCCUCUGAAGUCCGCAAACAGAGUGGGGAAGUUGGAGAAGCCUUUGCCAGACACGAAAAGGAAGAGGCUGCUGGGAAAUGGAGAGAGGCUCUCAAAGGAGCAGCUGAUCUGGCAGGGUGGGAGUUGAAAAACACUGCCGAUGGGCAUGAAGCCAAAUUCAUCCGACAAAUCAUUGAAAAGCUUUCAUUAGAGUUACGGUCCAUUAAGGUCUGCAUUGGUAAAAACUUAGUAGGCAUGGAGACCCGGAUCAAUGAUAUUAUAUCAUCUUCAGGAAUGGCUUCUGAUGGUGUUUCCAUGAUCGGGAUCAUAGGGAUAGGAGGUGGUGGGAAGACAACUUUGGCCAAAACUAUUUUUAAUAAAAUAUCCUUUCAGUUUGAAGGCAAAAGUUUUAUUGAGAAUGUCAGGGAAGUUUCGAAUGCUUCUUUGUCCGGUAUGGAGUUGUUGCAAAAUAAAGUCCUUUCAAAUGUUUUAAAUGAUAAAGGCAUCCACGUAGGCAGUGAAUGUGAGGGGAAAAACAUGAUGUCAUGGAUGAUGCGUGGUAGAAAGGUUCUUCUUGUUCUAGAUGAUGUGGAUCAUAUAGACCAACUUGAGGCGUUAGCUGGUGACCCUAAUUGGUUUAAGCCGGGAAGUAUGAUUAUUAUUACAACAAGAGAUUUGCAAGUGCUCGUAGCACAUGGAGUGAAGUUGAUUCAUAAUGUCAAUCUGUUAUCAGAUAAGGAAGCAAUUUUGCUCUUUAGUAGGUAUGCAUUUGGGAAAGAGAUUCCAAUUCAAGGGUAUGAGGAGCUAUCAAGACAAGUUGUAUGUUAUGCUGCCGGUCUUCCCUUGACAAUCAAAGUUUUGGGCUCGUCUCUGUGUGGUAAAAGUAAGCUUGAAUGGGUAGAUGCCCUAGCCAGACUAAAAACAAUUCCUUUAGAGGAAACCCAGAAAAAAUUGGAAAUAAGCUAUAUUGGUCUAGACGACGAUUACAAAGAAAUAUUCCUAGAUGUUGCAACCAUAAUGAAAGGUUGGCAGAAAGAGACAGCCAUAAUAGCACUUGAAAGCCGUGGAUUUCAUGCUAGAAUUGGGUUAAGGGUUCUUGAGCAAACAUCUCUCAUAACUAUUAAUGAUAAUUUUGAUGAACGUGUGGGCAUGCAUGACCAUUUAGAAGAAAUGGCCAAGAAUAUUGUUCGUCGUUCGCACCCCGAUAUGCCUAACAAGCACAGCCGAUUGUGGAAUUACAAAGAAAUUGAAAAUAUAUUGGUGAAUGACUUGGGUACUGAAGCAACAAAAGGCAUUCACUUCUUUCCAUUGAGAUUCAAUGCGAAAGUUUUUAUGAAUGGUCUUAGAAAGAUGAAGGAACUGUGGUUUCUUGAUGUGGUAGAUCUUCACUUGAAUUUGGAGAAUGAUAAACUCGUGCCAAACUUUUUAAAUGCUUUAGGAUUUCUGUGUUGUAAUUGGAAAUUUAAUAAAGUCAGUCUAUACUUUCCAAAUUCUUUACGAUAUUUGCAAUGGUACGAUUACCCUUUUAGGUCUUUACCCGAAACAUUUGAAGCAAAUAAUCUUGUCGCGCUUCAUAUGGCUAACAGUGGUAUUGUACAACUUUGGGAAGGGGGAGAAAGAAAGGUUUUUAACAAGCUCAAAUUCCUUUUCCUCAGUGGUCCAAAGUUGAGGUCCCUUGACCUUGGGCUGACUCCAAAUCUCGAGACGUUGAGGCUUGAACGAUGUGGUGGUUUGCUAGAACUUUACAUGCCCGAGGAAUGUCUAAAACUCAGAUCUCUUGAACUUUUUGAUGUAAAGUUGCGGACCCUUGACCUUGGGCUGACUCCAAAUCUUGAGAACUUGUUACUUGUAAGUGGUGAUAUGGUAGAACUUCACAUGCCUGAUAGAUGUCUAAAUCUAAGAUCCCUCAAUGUUGAUCAUUCAAAUUUGAGGACCCUUGAUGUUGGGCUGACUCCAAAUCUCGAGUAUUUAGUUCUUAGAAGUUGUUAUGAUCUGGAAGAACUUCACAUGGCCAAUGAAUGUUUAAAGCUCAGGUCCCUCUAUCUUAGAGGUUUAAAGUGGAGGACCCUUGACCUUGGGCCGAGUCCAAAUCUUGAGAGGUUAGAUCUUCAUAAAUGCACCAGUCUAGAAGAAUUUCACAUUUACGAAUGUCCAAUACUCACAUGCAUCGACAUCAGCAAUUUAAAGUUGAGGACCCUAGAUCUCAAGCGGGUUCCCAAUCUCAGUAAGUUGUCUCUUUCUGAAUGCAAAGUUUUGGUAAACCUUCACUUGCCCCAUAGAUGUCUAAAUCUCAGGACCAUUAAAUUCACUAAUUCAUGGUUGAGGAUCUUUCAUCUUGGGCAGACUCCCAAUCUCGAGGAGUUGGAUCUUGUGAAAUGUGAUUAUUUGGAGGAAAUUCAAGUGGUUGAUGAAUGUAAUAAGAUUGUAUCCCUUGGGCUUGACCAUUUAAAGUUGUGGACCCUUGACCUUGGGCUAACCCCAAAUCUCAAGAAGUUACAUCUUAAAGAAUGUUAUUACUUGGCACAACUUCAUGCUCCCAUGGGUUGUUUAAAAAAUAUUGUGUACUUCAACUUAAAUGGUUGUUUGGGGUUUAGAUCUUUAUUUUUUAACAGAAGGGAUGAUACUUCUGGUAGAGUGCAUGAAUCACUUGAGGAUGGUCCUUUAGCUGAGUUACAUUUCACCCUAGAAAGAUGCCCACUUCACCCUGACAAUAAUUUGCCAGACUUUGAGUUUACAUGUUUUCAUAAAGAAGAUAUACCCUCACUGACUAGAGGUAUUGAGAAGCUUAUUUCUGAGGGUCAGUGUGCUUGCACAAAAUUUGAGACGUUUUCGAGAAGCAUUUGUGGGCUACAACGUUAA